AUGGCGGGUCAACCGGAGCCGAAGCAGACGCCGGAGGACGUGAAGAUGGACGUCUUCGAGGACGACGACGAGUUCGAGGAGUUCGAGAACGAAGACUGGGACGAGAGUGCACAGGACGUGGAGGUGGUGCAUCAGUGGGAGGACGAUUGGGACGAUGAUGACGUCAACGAUGACUUCUCACAGCAGCUCAGAGCCGAGCUCGAGAACGCGUGCCCGUUCCGUUACGAAGCGCCCGAAGCGCUAGCACUCCCCGUAGCGUCACGUCCCCUGCCCGUCCCGUCCUCUGCCCGUCCCGUCCCCUGCUCGUCCCGUCCUCUGCCCGUCCCGUCUCCUGCCCGUCCCGUCCCCUGCCCGUCGCGUCCCCUGCCCGUCGCAUCCCCUACCCGUCGCGUCCCCUGCCCGUCGCGUCCCCUGCCCGUCGCGUCCCCUGCCCGUCGCGUCCCCUGCCCGUCGCGUCGCGCUGCCAGUCCCGUCCCCUGCCCGUCGCGUCGCGCUGCCAGUCCCGUCCCCUGCCCGUCGCGUCCCCUGCCCGUCGCGUCGCGCUGCCAGUCCCGUCCCCUGCCCGUCGCGUCACAUUGCCGUCCCGUCCCCUGCCCGUCGCGUCCCCUGCUCGUCGCGUCGCGCUGCCGUCCCGUCCCCCGUCCGUCGCGCCCCCGCUGCGCCCUGCCCGUCCGUGGCGCCCCGUGCGCCCUGCCCGUCCGUCGCGCCCCCGCUGCGCUCUGCCCGUCCGUCGCGCCCCGAGCGCCCUGCCCAUCCGUCGCGCCCCGUGCGCCCUGCCCGUUCGUCGCGCCCCGUGCGCUCUGCCCGUCCGCGCCUGUUGUGCCCGUCCCUGCCAGUUGCGUCCUGUCACGUCGCACCGCACUGUCUGUCACGCUCUACGCAGGUCCUUCAGUCGUUUAG